UCGGUCGACUCUCUCUCUCUACCUAUCUCCUCUCCCCCUUUUCUUCUCAAAUCCCUAAUCGAAAAGAAGUAGCGCCUCCCUCAUUUUCUCUCGCUGCACCCCGAUGAAAACGCCGCUCCGCCGGUCUCGUCUCCCGGCUCUAUGUUUCAAUUUCGCCAUUUCCUCGAUCGUAAGGCCGAGAGGCAGCCCUUUCCUCAUUUCCUCCCGGCGAAUCGCUGCCCCUUCCACAGCACUCUCAGAGUCCGCCGUCGUCCCGUGCCGUUCGCCGUUGUCUCCCAUCUCUCUCUUUUCUCCUUCGGCAAAACGCUCGCCUCCGCUCGGAAUUCCCUCCGACGUCCCUAAUUCACUCGCCACUGGGAUCUUUCUCCGUCGAGCUCUCCGGACGGGAGCGACACCAUCGCCCCUCGCUCUAUAUUCAUUCGGCGGCGUCGACACAGCCGCCACUGCCUCGGGCUGCUGCUCCAGCAGCGCCGCCGCUACAGUCAGUUGAGUUCUCCGGAGCUCCGUCGUCACCCAGAUUGAACAUCCCUGUCUGUCGGGCUCCGUCGGCUCGGAGUCACGGUGGAGUCCGCACGACAGCCUUCGAGGCUCCGCCGUCAACCGAUCCUCAUCGGGCAACUCCAAUUACUUAGCUAAGUCUUCCAUCCUAGCUUAUACUAGUUCUUGAGAGUUCACUGAAAUGAGUUCUUACUCCUAUACAUGUGAUGCAUGUAAUCGACAUUAGAGAAACAAAGAACGAAGAAGGAGCGAAGAGCGUGAAGACAACUCAAAUAACACGUGUGCAUGGACUCAAGCACACGAGACAAACGCGGGAAAAGAGUACACGUGGCAUGAAGAUGAGCUGGAUAGUAGUUAGUUAGCUCUACCGCUUUCAAGUUAGUUACGAUUAGUUGAGUUAGUUACUCGAGCUAGCUGCUUUAUAAGAUGUAAUUCCUUCAUUUUGUAAUCUCAUCUCAGAAUUAAUGCAAUUUGUUGGUUCUUCUUCAUUCUCUACUCCUCUUCGUGGUUCAAUCCAAAUAGGUGCAAUUCCGGUUGUUGUUUCACCUAUCAACGACCCCGAUUCCGCACCAAGUGGUAUCAGCCUCUUCGAUCCGACCCCUGUGAUGGUGGACACACGUUCCGCCGAUAUGCGGCGGUUGGAAAAGCUAGUCAAAACAACAAUGGUGGACUUCUCUGCUAAGAUCUCUGAUUCUGAUCGGCGUCGUGAAGAAUCAGAGGAAGCACGCGAUCUCACAUUCAAAGAAUUCAGAGAGGAACUCCUUGCUCUGCAAUUGCAACAAAAUGAACUGAUGUCUCGCUUCGUUUCACCACCGAAUGGUGCUCAGAAUGCUCACUUUGCUGGUGGCGCGCAACCUCGCCAACAAUACUUUGCUACUCGACAAUCAAAGGUUGGCUUUCCUAUUUUCAGUGGUGAAGAUCUACCUGGUUGGAUCCUUCGUUGUGAUCAUUUUUUUGCGGUGGAUCUGACACCGGAUGAAGCAAAAGUGCGUCUCGCGGUGAUUAACUUCGAAGGCCGCGCACUUCAAUGGUUUCAAAACUGGGCUAAGUAUCAAGAUCGAGCUAUGGCGACUCCAUGGCCGAUGUUUCUAAGAGCUUUGGAAGGCAGAUUUGGCGAUCAAUUACUGGGCGAUCCGAUGACUGAGCUUCUGGCACUCAAACAAACAGGGUUCUCCAGGUGUCCUUCCUUGGCUGCCACAAUUUCUUUGGAGUCUCAUGGGCUGAAUUUUGAGGAGAAAAGGAGGAAAGGAGGAAGAAGACAAGCUCUCCUUUGGUUAUGGAGCUGUCGAGAAUCUGGGGGAUUGGAGGAGAGAUUUUGCUCCAAGAAAGUGAUCCUCCCAAAGUAGCUAAAUGUCAAGUCUAAAUCCUUGUAUUUCAUAGAGGAGUGACUGUAACUAUUUGUUUCUGUGAAAAGGUGUCGCAAGUUUAUAUG